AUGAUGGACACUUAUUUGAAGGUUUUGACACAAAUUAAAGGAAAAUUGGAGAAUGAUUUGGUGAUUGGUGGUAAUUUAGAGCAAUAUGAAUUGGUUUCUGUGUUUUUUGGAGGUGGAACUCCAUCAACAAUGCAUCCUUUGGCUAUGGAAAAGAUAAUUUCACACGGAUUGGAAAUGUUUGGAAAGAGUAGAGAGGAUGGAGUUGAAAUUUCAAUGGAGGCAAAUCCAACUUCAAUCGAGUAUGGAAAAUUAAAGGAUUUUCAUAGAGCUGGAAUUAACAGAGUGAGCAUUGGAGUGCAAAGUUUUGAUUCUGAAUGUUUGAAGAGCUUGGGAAGAGAACAUUCAAUUGAGGAUGCUUUGAAUGCUAUAGAUAUUGCAAGGAAUACAUUUGGAGAGGAUAGUAUUUCAAUAGAUUUAAUGUUUGGAUUAGCUCAACAUAAGAAUAAUCCGUCAAUUUGGAAGAAUUCUUUGGCAAAGGCACUUUCUCUGAAUUUAUCACACUUGUCAUUGUAUCAGUUGACAAUUGAGAAGGGUACUAAAUUCCACAGAUUAUUUAAUGUUGAAAAGGAUUUACCAAAUGAAGAAGAAUCGAGUCAUUUAUAUGAAUUUACCAUUGAAGAAUGUAAAAAACAUGGAUUGGAAAUGUAUGAGGUUUCUAAUUUUGCCAAACCUGGCAAAGAAUGUAAACACAAUAUCAUGUAUUGGAAGUCAAUUCAUGAUUUUAUCGGUGUUGGACCAGGAGCUCACGGAAGACUCACCAAUCACAAUACUAGGGAAAGAUUCAGCACUAUUCAAGUAAUGAGACCAGAGGAUUGGAUUGAACAAGUAGAUAAUCAAUUGAAUCAUAUUCACAAACCAUCUUUAUUAUUUGGAGAUAUUAAGGAAGAAAAGUUAACAGAGGAACAACAAAUUGAGGAAUUAUUCAUGAUGGGGCUCAGAAUGCCAAAAGAAGGAGUGAGUGAAAGCUCUCUACGUGCUAUCAAUCCUGAACUUUCUUUUGAAAAACUAUUGAAUGCUAACAUGAUUAAACAAUUGGAAAAUCAUGGAUAUAUUAAAUUAAUCAAAGAGGAAAAUGAUAAAAGAAUUGUAGCAACAAUGAGUGGAAUUAGCGUACUGGAUAUUCUAAUUGCCAAUUUACUAUCCAAGUAA